ACCAAUUUUGAGGUGCAACGGUGAAAUCUGUCCGAUAGAAACGACUAAAAAAUGAAAUUGAACUUUGAGAAGUUCUCCAUUUGAACGUGGUUAAAUGUUUAACUUGUAUAUUUUUGUUUAGACGUGGUUUCAAACCAGUUUUAGCAAAGACGAUGGUAUUCUGGAUGUUUGCUGUGUUUUUACUGACAGGGGCCGCCGCGGAGGAAAUGGUGAACAUCCCGGGAGGAAAGAUGUCAAUGGGAACCAGUGCACCCGAUGGGAGAGACGGAGAGUCUCCCACCAAGGAGGUCGAGCUUCAGCCUUUUGAAAUAGACAGACACCCCGUCACAAACGCCGAUUUCAGAGACUUUGUGAGAGCCCAGAAGUACAAAACUGAAGCCGAGACGUUUGGCUGGAGUUUCGUGUUUCAGGACUUUGUGUCAGAAGAGCUGAAGAGCAAAGUCACUCAGAGAAUUGAGUCUGCUCCGUGGUGGCUGCCUAUAGAGCGUGUGUUUUGGAGACAGCCUUCAGGGCCUGGUUCGGGGAUUCGAGAUCAUCUGGACUUUCCAGUGGUUCAGGUGAGCUGGAAUGACGCCCAGGCCUUCUGCAGCUGGAAAAGCAAGAGACUGCCCACGGAGGAGGAGUGGGAGUGGGCUGCACGUGGGGGGCUGCAAGGUCGGACCUACCCAUGGGGAAACAAGUUCCAGGCCAACAGAACCAACCUGUGGCAGGGAUCUUUCCCAGAUGGAGACACUGCAGAGGAUGGAUACCACGGCAUCUCUCCUGUUACAGCAUACCCUCCCCAGAAUAGCUAUGGACUUUAUGACAUGAUGGGAAAUACAUGGGAGUGGACAUCCACACGCUUUUCAGCAGCGAGGCCGAUGUACGUGCUGCGCGGUGCCUCCUGGAUCGACACAGUGGACGGUUCAGCUAAUCACAAGGCUCGAAUCACAACCAGGUGAGUUUCUGAGCACAUGGCUGCCCAUCCCGGAGCUGUUUCUGCUGCAUAG